AUGAUUCCAUUGCCACUUCCUUCAUUAAAAUCAACAGUUUCUUUAGUGGUUCUAGCCAUUGCUAUUGGUAUUGGAUCAUUUCUUUAUUUAACAUUAGAUACAGAUUUCGAAGCUCAACCUCGAACCCUACUACAUACAUCACCUUCAGGUUCUCCAACCGACAGAAUCAGUGCAAUAAUAAAUAAUGCUCGUCAAGCAUGGUCUAUUGUUGAUAACAACCGUGCUGUUGUUGAUGUUCAAACAUCAUAUGGUAAUGUAAUACCUUCACAUAUAACUGAUCCAUUUGAACUUCAAUCAUGGACAUCACCACCUGCUUCACAUUCUUUUACUGUUAAUGUUUAUAAUCGUUUAAAACAACGUGUUCUACAAUUUACUUAUGCACUACAAUUUACAUAUGGAGGUUCAUUAGAUGGUAAAGGUGCUUAUUUAGAUCGUGUUACAAUUAUUCCAUCACGUAUAUCAGUUUCAUGGGGUUUUGUAUUUAAUGCAAGUGUUCAAAUAGCAUCCGUACAAAAUGUUGGUACACGUGAAGAUCCAAUAGCUGCUGCUCAUGUUGAAUUACAUUAUCGAAUAGCAGGACUUAAUGUUGCUGAAAGAACUGAAUCUUUUCAUGUUAGAGGUGAUGGACAAUAUGUACAUUUAAAUAAUUAA